UAAUAAUAAUAAUAAUAAUAAUAAAAAGAAAAAGAAAAAAUAAUACUUAAAUAGAACAUUGAUUGUUAUUUGUCGGUACUUGGUUUAUUAAUGGCCUCGUCCUUAGCAAUCUUUGUAUGCUAUUCAUCCCGUCAAACGUGAACGUUUUGGCGUCCAUUAUACGGAUGUCUCUGAACAGCCCACUAGCACGGGUUUGUGGAUUAUAACAACUGUCGUCUGUGUUUGAUUCGGGUUUACAAUGACUGCCGAUCACUUCUGUUUGAAAUGGAACAAUUAUCCUUUGAACAUGGUUACCGAGUUGGACAGUCUUCGCACUAGUGAAGACCUGGUGGAUGUUACUUUAUCAUGUGAUGGACAGUUGUUCAAAGCUCAUAAAGUUGUGUUGUCUAUGUGCAGUUCUUACUUUCGAAAUGUGUUCAAGGAUAAUCCUUGUAGGCAUCCAGUUGUAAUCUUGAAAGACAUAAAUCAAGAUGAUGUUCAGGCAUUGCUCAAUUUUGUGUAUCAAGGCACUGUUUACAUAUCAGAGAAAAAAUUAGCAUCGUUUUUACGGACUGCUGAAUUGCUACAGAUUAGAGGUCUUGCUGGUGCAGCUUCUACUAUAAAUACAGAUCUAGAGUCAACCAGAACGAGUUUAGAGAAAAAUAAUAUGCCUCCACUACAGCAACUGUCUACUAAUAAUAAUCAAGAUGAAAAACAUGAUACAUCAACUUCAACAGAGAAAUCUGAUUCUCCUAAAUCUCCCAGUGAAAAAGUUUCUGCUAAGCGAAAGAAAUGUCUUCCUGUAAAAUUGAAAAAACAAUUUGAUAAUGGCACAGAAUUUAUGGAUGAAACGACUGGUAGUGAAACUGACAUAAUAAGUCGAUUAAAAGUCGAUGAUAUUGAUGAUGGAAAUGUAGAUACUGACUGUUAUAUUGAUGAAGAUGGAUCAAAAGAUGAAUUUUGUGAUGAUCCAUAUGCACAAGGACCUGAUGUUGAUGAAUAUGAAGAUGUGGAUUUAGUUAAAGAUGAAUUUGGUUCGCAUUCAACUACAAUUUUUGACAAGUCAUUAAUUGCUUCUCGUAUGUUAAAUGAUCCUAAAGAAAUUCGUACAAGUACAUCUAGUGGUAUUGAUUUUGGUUUAUCUUCAGCACAGGCAAAUCAAUGUCCAUCUGAACAAUCAUUAUCAACUGCAGACCGUCUAGGCCGCCGACCAUGUCCAUUAUGCCAAAAGGUGAUCUCCAACAAGUCUAACUUAUUAAAGCAUAUGCGCAUUAGGCAUAGUGACGAAUACAAUCCAGCUGGUUGCAGUGUGUGUGGUAAAGUGUUUAAGAACAAAUACAGUUUGCGUGCUCACAUUAAUAUCUACCAUAAGGAGCACUCUACUACUACUACUACUGCUACUACCAAUACGAGUAAUCAAGGUGCAUAUCAAGUAUAUAACAAUAAUGCUGUCCCCCAACAGCAGCCCCAGCAACAACACCCACAACACCAACAGCAACAACAACAACAACAACAGCAACAACACCAACAUCAACAAUCGGUUCCAGUACAACCUGUACAGCCCAUCAACAAUUCUACUGGUUCUUAUCUGACUGGUUCAUCAUCAGUUACUUGUUUUAACCAGUCUUCAAAUGCCACUUCAACCACUGGUGGCUACAUUAUACAGCAGCCUCCUACAUCACCGUUCCUAAACAAAAUCUCAUUGGAUCUCCCAUCUCCAUAUCAGCUAACAAACCAGGCUACAUCUGGGCCGCCUUUAUCACCACUUUAACCAUUAUUUCCAGCAGCAUCAGCCGGUGAAUUUUUUGAUGUUGUCGGAUGUGCUUCACGCAUGACUCAUUUGGAGGUUUAAACUUUCACUUCAUCUUCGAGAUUGAUUACUGACUAAUUAAUUUGUCAUUAUUAUUAUUAAAUAAAUAUAUAUUUAAUUCUAUUUUUUCUAGAGGGGGGAAGGGCUUGGUUUGAUGUUUGAUUAAUUUUUACUGGUUUUAAUUCAUUAUUUUUAAAUGUAUAUUGGUAUACCCGAAGUAUAAUAUUUUUUAU